CAUUCCUGGGGAAAUCCAAUCACUUAAAACUGAGACACCUACGCGAGCAAGAGCCCCCGCCCUACUAGCGAGGAAGAGCGCGACGGCUGAAUUAAUCAAGAUCAGGGGGCUCUAGAGCUGAGCGUGGAGGGUUAACCCUUCCAGCCCCGGAGGGUACCAAGGGGGCUUGCAAAAGCGCGGACGGCCAGGGCGAAGAUGCCCACGGCAGCCACGCACAGGCUGCCUCUGCCAUCUUGGGAGGCUCCGAACGCCCAGAGCUCUACCCGGGAGGCUGGGCGCGCGCGGUUAAGGUCAGAAGCUCAGGAAGCCGCUCCGGCUGCGAGGAACGGCCGCCUCCCGCAGCCUCUGCGCGCCGUGGGCUCCUCCUUCCGCCCAAGCGUGGCCAUGUGAGGACUACUCCGACCGCAGGUAGCCGAGGCGCGGGAGGCGGUGCGCGGGACCCGGCGGAGCGCCCGGGGAGGGGCCGACGGACACGCGGACAGACGGAUCCCCCAACCCCCGCCCCGGACUUUAGCAACGGUCUGCGCGGGCCAUGUGGGGGCCCGGGGUCACGGCCGAGGGCCUGUCGGUGGCGCCGGCACCGCCGCCGCUGCUGCCGCUGCUGCUCCUGCUGACGCUGGCGCUGGUGGCGCCCUCGCGGGGCGGCGGGGGCUGCGCGGACCUGGCGUGUGGCGAGCGGGAGCGCUGCUGCGACGCGGCCAACGCCACAGCGGUGCGCUGCUGCAAGCUGCCGCUGCACGCCUUCCUCGACAACGUGGGCUGGUUCGUCCGCAAGCUCUCCGGGCUGCUUAUCCUGCUAGUGCUUUUCGCCAUCGGCUACUUCCUGCAGCGCAUCAUCUGCCCCAGCCCACGCAGGUACCCGCGCGGUCAGGCGCGGCCCGGGCAGGCACGACCCGGGCCGCCGGGGGGCGCGGGGCCUCCGGGGGCCGCGGGGCCGCCCGACGACGACGACGACGACGACUCGCCCGCGCUGAUGCGCGACGAGGCGGCCGCCGGCUCGCAGGACUCCCUGCUGGACAGUGGAGGCGGGGGCCGGGGCCGGGGAGGCGGAGGGCGCUCGGCCCCCUCCUGCGCCUCCGAGCACGAGCUUCGCGUAGUCUCGCCGGUUUUCCUGCAGCUGCCCAGCUACGAGGAGGUCAAGUACCUCCCCACCUACGAGGAGUCCAUGCGGCUGCAGCAGCUCAGCCCCGGGGAGGUCGUGCUGCCCGUGUCGGUGCUCGGCCGCCCACGAGGCGGCGGCGCCGGGGAGUCGGACGGCGGCGAGGGCCGCUUCCCGCUCAUUUGAGAGUCUACGGCCGCUCGAGGACCGCGCGGACAGAACGGGGCUAGGGGGGUUGUGGAUGGGACGCAACGGCCGAGGUGGCAGCUGCCACCGCCAACGGCCUCAGACCCCGCCUGAUACCUGCGCCGAAUCGUCCGUCGCUCGGCGACUGUGCCGGAGUCACUUCCACUCCCGUUUUACCCCGGGAUCUUAAGUUUCCCUACGUUUCAUUCGGUUCAAGGAAACGUUAGGAGCGCGCGGCGGGGCGACAGAAGCGGACAAGCCAGGAGCGCAACUUCUAAGGUCGUCCCCACCCUCAGCCUCUGCUCAGACUGUGUUCACUCGUCUCGGGUCUCAGAAGAUAGGCCGAGGGCGAGGAGCCGCGGGGGUGAGCCGCCACUGGAGACUGCCGCGCGCAGUCGGGGAGAUCAGCACCUAGGUAUGAUUGAAUCCCUCCUUUGCGGAGAACACUCCCCCUUCCUCCCCCCCCCCCAAAAAAAAACAACUCGAUAUCUUCCUGGCCAAGUAUAGUCACAACUGGUGGCUCACAAUUUGGUGAGGGAUAACCAGGAUAUCCAGUUAGUGGGUGUACCUAUUGAAGAUACAGCAAUUAGAUAUAUUGAAGACCGUAUUUAUAAUAAGGUACAGUUGGGCUUUUGGUUUUUCAAUUACUGAAAAGAUAUUUAUAUUUAUUUGUCUUUUAUUUUUAUAUUUUUACCAUGUUUUGAACGUAUCAGGAGUGUAUUUGUGCAAUUAAUGAUAAGAUAAUCAUCCUUUCCUCUUUUAUAGGCCUUAGUGGCUUGGGAAUGUGAUUAUUGUUUAAUAAAAUGUUAGACAUUAUUUCAUUUACAAUGGGGGAGAAAGGAGGCAUGGUCAAAUGAGAAAACAUAUGUGACAUAAAACACAUGACGGAUAUCUUAUUUUCACUAUUUGAGAAGAAUAUAUUUUAUUUUUAGUACUGUGGCAUAAUAUAUAACUUUUUGUAAUAACUAUAGAUUGUGUAGCCUAGGUCUUAUUGUAUCAUUCACCACAUAGUUAUAUGUAGAAAUGAUUGAUACACGUAUGCUGUACCAUGAAGCAUGAAGUCAUGCACUUUUCCCUCUAUUUUAAAAUACAUUCCACAACAUGAUACAAAACGUAAGAACUUGUGACUUGUGACUUCUCUUCAAAGCCAUAAUUGUGCAAGUAAUGUACUACAGAAGGAUUUAGUCAACCUAUUGUAAGAAAAAAAUAAAUGCCAUUGUAUCAGUUCUACCAUCCUAUGAAAUGUCCUUUAAGCAAAUGGUAAUUUAAAAUAAUAUUAAAAUGCAUUAUGUAUAAUGUACAUACGUAUAUUGUCUAUGUACAAUAUACACAUUGUAUACCAUAUAAUUAUUACACUUUAUGAUUGUCAUUAAAGGAAAAGUAGGAAACAAAAGGUUUCUCUGGGGAAGAAUGAGUGUUAAAGAUUUUACACAGGAACCUCACAUAUGUAUCUAGAAACAUUGUUUUUAUGAUUGAAAAAGUUUGACAGUCUGGAAAUUGUAUUAGAAGAAACUGAUGAUUUGAUUCAUUUGAGAAAUGAUUUAAUUGAGAAAUUAAUGUCAGAAAAUGAUUUCAACUUUUAAAGGCUAAUAGAAAAAGUCUGACAGUUCUAAGAAAUCUUAAAAUGUCUGAAUUGUAAGAGAACAGAACGGUUUACUCUAAAGUUCUAAAAGCUAAUGACUCUGUCAUUGAAAUCAUUUGAAGUGUAUUAAAGCAUAGAAAAACAUUAAAGAUUUCUCUGUGUAAA